AUGGGUUGUCGCCAAAGUAUUUUAUCUUCGCCUAAUCCAACUCCUGCUUCUUUAUCAUCUCUUUCAUCGGCAGAUUCAAUCGAACUCGAAGGAAUUUUAGUUGAAAUACCUAGCCAUUGUAGACAACCAUUGAUUAAUCUACCAGUGCAACAAUUUCUCAAUGUUUAUCAACAUCAUUUGGUGGGAAAGUAUUAUUUUGGACAAAACAAGUUUCUGCUUGCCAUUGCACAUGAAUUUCAAGCAAUGAGCCAACUGGGAGAUAUGAUGCCCAAUCAUAAAGAUCAUUUUAUCUUUGUUGACAUUUGCAAUAUAGUAUCAAGUUGUUUUCUAGAGCUUCAUGUUGUUGAAGGAGCUGUUCUAACCAGUCAAUGGGCUUUGAAUAUUACGGAAAAAUAUACACCAACAAAUUAUAAAACAAUCAGUUAUCAAUAUUCUCGAUUGGGUAUUGCUUAUCAAGCAAAGCAAGCAUGGAAAGAAGCUAGAUAUUAUUUAACAAAAGCUAUCGAUACAACACGUCUGACCAAUGAAAUAGAUGAAGAAUAUAUUCGUAAACUUGAAGCUGAUUUUGAUCUAAUAAAAAAUCGAAUCAUUGACAAUACGCAAGUAUCUAUGACAGUUCAUGAAAUUAAGCCUGAUCCUGGUGAAAAUAUGGAAGAUUUUUGUCGUCGAGCAAUAACUGAAAUGAUUGCUUGCAAUGCAGAACAUAGUACACUUGCUUUUUUUAAAAGUGAAUUUGAACGAUUGCCUAACAAGCAAACAGAAUCAGAAGUUAACGAUGAAAUACUUAAUGAAGUGUCACAAAACUUAGAGAAUUGUGUACGUGUUAGUGCAUUGGAUACUGAAGAAGUCAAUUUUAUUGCGGCUCAAUUUAAAAAUAUGUGUAUGAAAGCAAGUCCAUUAUUACCAGCAAUUAUUGAAGCGGCAUUAACAACGAUUAUUGAUCGAAUAAAAGAUGAAAACUUAGAUGCAGAUAAUGAACAGUUUACUUCAUUAAAACAAUCAGCAUUCAUAUUCUCAUAUACUGAUGAAAGUGAAAACUAUAAAAAAGGUGUACGAGUAUUUGAAAUAAGAAAAAAAAUAGAAUCAACUGAUGAACAGUAA